AUGGGCGACUCGGACAACGACUCGGGCGGGCACCCGAACGCCGGCGGCGGCGAGAUGGCGUCGCCGAGGGAGCAGGACAGGUUCCUCCCCAUCGCCAACGUCAGCAGGAUCAUGAAGCGGGCCCUCCCCGCCAACGCCAAGAUCUCCAAGGACGCCAAGGAGACGGUGCAGGAGUGCGUGUCGGAGUUCAUCAGCUUCAUCACCGGCGAGGCCUCCGACAAGUGCCAGCGGGAGCGCCGGAAGACCAUCAACGGCGACGACCUGCUGUGGGCCAUGACCACGCUCGGGUUCGAGGACUACGUGGAGCCGCUGAAGGGCUACCUCCAGCGGUUCCGGGAGCUGGAGGGGGAGAAGGCCACCGUUGUGGCGGGGCGUGAGAGGGACGCGCCGGGAGGCGGCGAUGGGGAUGGUGGGUUUGGGCUGGGUGGGUUUCAAGGGUAUGGGCCCGGGCCCGGCGGGAGUGGUGGUGGUAGCGGUGGUGGUGGUGGUGGGUUUUAUAAUAAUAAUAAUAGUGGGGCGGCGAUAAUGGGUCAUGGUGGUGGUGGUGGUCCUGUGUAUAGUGGGCCGGGAGUCGGCUUGGGUAGGCCCAGGUAG